AUGAGAGGAUCAAAUUUUUAAUAAUAAUAAAAUGGAGUAACAAACGUAUAUACUUAAUAAUCUUACAGAACCAGCAAUACAUCUAAUUCUCAAUAUGGAGGUAAUACAAAUGAUGUCUACAGAAAUGCAGGUCCUUAAAUGGAAGUAUAUAGAUCAUAGACAGGAGGUUCAGGAAUUGAAGUAUUUAGAUCAUAGACAGGACCAUCGGAAGUUUAUAGAUCUGAAGUGAUAUAUACUUAAUAAAAUAAUUUACCUAGUAAUAAUAUAAUGGAUAUUAGAUAAUAGACAUUAGGAGGUGUAAGUUCUUCUAAUAUGUUUACAAAUAAUGAAUUUUAAAUUAAUUAAUAAGUAGUAGGAGGAGGAUCAAUUUAUGAUGGAGUUAGUGACUAAGUUAAAAGAGGAGGCAAACAAUUAAGUACUACUUAUAAUACUUAAUAUCAAUAAGCUACUGGAGGUGCUUUAUGUAGUGAAGAAAACGCAAGAAUAGUCGCUAAGAGAAUUUUCGAAUAAUACGAUAGAAGUAGAAAAGGGAAUAUUGAUGUAAACGACGGAUCCUAUAUGAUUGCUGAUGCUUAUAAAGCUAUAAAUAAAUAAUUUUCGGCAAAUCCUUAAUACGCUAGUUCUUAUUAUAGAGUUAUUGAUGUUAAUUAGGAUGGGUAGGCUACUAUUUAGGAUAUUGAGAGUUUAUGUUUAAAAUAUUUAUGUGGAGUUAUGCCUAUGUAAUAAGGUGAAAAAAUUAAAAGAGGUGGAAAAAAAUAAUAUCCUCCAGAAGUUGAAGUUAAACUUAAUGUGGCUAGAAGAUUGUUUAAAAAAUAUGAUAAGGAUUAAGGUGGAUAUUUAGAUAGAAACGAAAUUGUAGAUUUAAUUAAAGAUACUUAUUUAGAAAUGGGAAUGGCUAAUUUUGCACCUAGUGAAACUGAUGUUAAGAUUUGGUUAGAUAUGGCUGAUACUAAUACAGACGGAAGUGUUUCUAUAGAUGAAUAUGAAGAUUUAGUUAUUAAAUCUUUAUAAAAAGCUGGAUUUAAAAUCGAAAACUAAUCUAUUGUUUUUUGAUAGAAAUUUUAUAUUAUUCGUAUUCUUAUUAUAAAGGAAUUAUAUUUUAUAUUUUAUAUUUUUAUUUUAUUUUUUUAAGAAAUUUUUUAAGAUAU